AUGAGUGAUGCAGUGUUUUCGACUCGUUUAUAUAAACAUAUUGUAAUUUAUCCCCAGGUGCGGACACUGUUUGUCAGCGGACUGCCAAUGGAUGCGAAGCCUCGUGAACUUUACUUGCUUUUCCGAGCAUACGAAGGCUACGAAGGUUCUUUGCUAAAAGUCACGAGCAAAAAUGGAAAAACUGCCUCCCCGGUUGGGUUCGUCACAUUUCACACCAGAGCUGGUGCCGAGGCAGCUAAGCAAGAUCUUCAGCGCCGCAACGCUCGCGGCUGUUCACAGCAGGGUGUCCGGUUCGACCCCGACAUGCCGCAAACCAUUCGGCUGGAGUUCGCUAAAAGCAACACGAAGGUCAGCAAGCCGAAGCCGGCAGUUGCCACAGCCGCGCCAGCCGCACACCCUGCAUUGAUGCACCCACUCACUGGACACUUAGCUAGUCCCUUCUUCCCCGGAGGAGGCGCUGAACUAUGGCAUCACCCGUUAGCUUACGGCGGUGAGCUACCGACUCUGUCUCACGGGCUGGUCCAUCCCGCUAUUCAUCCUCAAAUGGCGCCCACCCCCUUGACUCUCGGUGCGUGCGUGCUGCCCGCGCCAGCGCUGGGCUCGCCGGGUGCGUCAGUUCCACCCCCGGCGCACCCUUCGCACCCCUCGCACCCUCCGCACCCCUCGCACCCAGCUCACCCAGCUCAUCAAGCUCACCCAGCUCACAGCGCGCCCUGUUCCACGCUGUUCGUCGCGAACCUGGGACAGUUCGUGUCCGAACAUGAGCUCAAGGAGAUAUUCAGCAGCGAGAACCCUCGUCUUAUGCUUAAGUAUGAGGAUACAUACUUUAACAUGAUAAAAUAUUUCCAGUCGAUGCAAAAAAAAUAA